AGCGCGGAAUGCCUGGUGAUGAUGGAUCGACAGCUGUAAUUUUUUAUAACAACAAAGUUGUGUGAACAUGACGCGCUACAUUAUCCUCGUCAUUUUACUUGCUUCUUUAUAUUUAGUUUAUGGAACACAAGAUAUUAAAAGUGCCCAUAAAUGCAAAGAUCAUCACCCGAAGUGUGUAAAGUGGGCAGCAAAAGGAGAGUGUAACAAGAACCCCAAGUGGAUGUUGGAACAUUGCCGGCAAAGCUGUGGCCAGUGCUCACAAGCCAAUGUUCAUGAUCUUCUUCAGAGGGCUAAAUCCCAGCAGAUUUCUGAUCUGAUGAUCAUACCAUACAUUAUCCUUGCUGUGAUAAUUGGUUUCUCUAUAAAAAUCUACUAUAGUGGCGCAAACUGUAGCAGUGAUGAAAAACUAAAAGGUAAAACAGUUAUUAUUACUGGUGCAAACAGCGGCAUUGGCAUGGAGGUGGCUCGUGACUUGGCCUGGCGCAAGGCAAGAGUUAUCAUGGCCUGUAGGGAUGUGCACAAGGGUAUGAAGGCGGCGGCCGAGAUUGUGCAAAGCGCAGGUAACAUGGACGUGGAGGUAAAGAAAUUAGACCUUGCCUCAUUUGCCUCCAUCAGGGAAUUUGCUAAAGAGGUGAACGAGGAGGAGAGUAGAGUGGAUGUCUUGAUUAACAACGCUGGAUACCUUGGCUCCCACAAGAAGACUAUUGACAAGCUAGAGUACACGCUACAGGUUAACUACCUGGGCCCCUUUAAGCUUACUAACCUCCUACUGGGGAAGCUAAAGACAUCAAGUCCUAGUCGUAUCAUCAACGUCAGCUCUCAUCAGCACAAGAAAGCCUCUAUAGACUUUGACAACCUCCAAGGUGAAAAAAGCUAUGGGCGGUUUGCUGCUUACAGCCGUAGUAAGCUGGCGUUGAUGUUAUUUACAAAGCAACUGGCGAACAAACUUGCAGGUAGCAAAGUCACAGUAAAUGCUCUACAUCCGGGUCUCGUCUGCACAAAUCUGUUUCGUAACCUGCGCUUUUUGCGGAUAUGGGCAAUCCGACCAAUCUACUGGCUAGUCCAAUAUUUCUUCUUCAAGACGCCAAUUCAGGGCGCACAGACCACCAUUCAUUGCGCAGUAGCCCCGGAGCUUGCUGAUGUGACAGGGAAAUACUUUGUAGAUUGCCAAGAGGCGGAGUGUGGAGAGGUGGCAAGGGACGAAGGGCUUGGGAAAAAGCUUUGGGAAAAAAGUGAAGAGCUCUGCGGUAUAAGUAGCUAGAUAAAGAUAUUAUUAUUCGCGAUAAUUUGAUACGGCAUGCGCAACUUAUUUAACGCUAUGUAGUUAGUACAGAUGAGACUGGAUGUAGCAAAAUGGUAAUACUUUUUUGAGACUGAAUGUAGCAAAAUUUUAUUAGUUUUAAA